AUGGGAGCAUCCAACUUACUGCGCUUCGGCGCAGUCACUCGAAUCUCGACACCUCUGCUUUCACGACGCAGCCUUGCAACCCACGCAGCCGUCAAUCCAGCAAGCGGAACCUACAACCUCGUCGAAAAGAUCGUACAGAAGUAUGCCGUCGACCUCUCCCCCGGCUCGCACGUCAAGUCGGGUGACUACGUCUCCAUUCGCCCCGGCACCGUGAUGACGCACGACAACACCGGACCCGUCAUCUCUAAGUUUGGUUCCAUUGGCGCCACUUCGAUCUACAACCCAGACCAAGUGGUGUUUGCGCUCGAUCACGAUGUGCAGAACAAGUCAGCCAAGAACCUGGAAAAGUACAGCAAGAUCGAGAGCUUUGCACGCAAGCAUGGCAUCGACUUCUACCCUGCUGGUAGGGGUAUCGGUCACCAGGUGUUGGUUGAGGAAGGGUACGCUUUCCCUCAGACGUUGGCGGUGGCGAGCGAUUCUCAUUCCAAUAUGUACGGUGGUGUUGGAUGCCUGGGCACACCCAUCGUAAGGACAGAUGCGGCGGCUAUUUGGGCUACGGGUCAGACGUGGUGGCAGAUCCCCGAAGUCGUCAAAGUCGAGUUGAAGGGCGAGCUGCCAAAGGGCGUUACUGGCAAGGACGUCAUCGUGGCGCUCUGUGGCUACUUUAACAAGGAUCAGGUUUUGAAUGCAGCCAUCGAAUUCCACGGCUCUGGUCUCUCGUCGCUUUCAGUGGAAGAGCGUUUGGCGAUUGCCAACAUGACGACUGAAUGGGGUGCUCUCGCCGGUCUGUUCCCUACCGACGAUGUCACCCUCUCGUGGUACGAGAAGCAAAUCCGCAAGCGCGACAAGCUCGAAUUUCAAAUCGGCUCCUCUCCCUCUCCCUCAAAUUCGCACCCACGACUCAACAUGAACCGCCUCGACGAGCUCUCAAGAACCCUGCUCCGACCCGACUCUGGCGCAGUCUACUCGAAGCACCUCACACUCGACUUGGCCACGCUUGUUCCGCAUGUCAGCGGUCCGAACUCUGUCAAAGUGUCGACCCCACUCGAUGAGCUCACCUCGCAAAACAUUGCGAUCAACAAAGCCUAUCUCGUGUCGUGCGUCAACUCACGCGCUUCUGAUCUCAAAGCCGCCGCCGACGUGAUUCGCGGUAAAAAAGUGGCUCCAGGAGUCGAGUUCUACGUUGCUGCCGCGAGUAGUGUCGUUCAACGCGAAGCCGAGGAGGCGGGUGACUGGGGAGCGUUGAUGGCUGCCGGUGCCAAACCGUUGCCUGCCGGAUGCGGACCGUGUAUCGGACUGGGUGUGGGUCUGUUGGAGGAUGGAGAGGUGGGUAUCUCGGCGACCAACAGGAAUUACAAGGGUCGAAUGGGUAGUCCAAACGCUCAGGCAUAUUUGGCAAGUCCCGCUGUAGUGGCGGCUUCGGCGAUCGAGGGCAAGAUCUGCGGUCCGAGCGAUUUGGAUGUGAGUUUGUUGCCUCCAUCCAAGGGACUAAAGUAUUCGAUCUCUACGGCUGCUAAUGCCGCGCCGGCUGAUGCAUCUUCGACGGACGCCUCUGCUGGUGGAGUUGAAAUCCUCGAUAGCUUCCCAACCGCCUUCUCCGGUCCACUCAUCUUUGCGCCCCAAGACAAUCUCAACACGGAUGGCAUCUACCCCGGCAAGUACACGUACCAAGACGAUAUCACCCCGGAGAAACAAGCCGAAGUAGUGAUGGAGAACUACGAUGCUUCGUUCGCUUCCACCGUUGCCGGGCUUCGUGCUUCCUCGUCUUCCUCCUCGUCGACAAAGCAGGGACCGAUUUUGAUUGGAGGGUACAACUUCGGCACGGGUUCUUCACGAGAACAAGCGGCUACCGCGCUCAAGUAUGCCGGUAUCCCUCUCGUCCUUGCCGGUUCGUUUGGCGACAUCUUUCAACGAAACGCCAUCAACAACGGUCUCAUCUGCCUGGAAUCACACCAACUCGUGCAGGACUUGACACGUUUGUACCUCGAAAACGAAGGCGGAGUGAGGAACUCCAAGGCGAUCCUGCUGGACGAAUCCAAGGUGCACAUCGACUCGAGUACCGGAAGCAUCAACUUGUCGUUCAAAGGCCCUGAUGGUGCCAAGAUCGAACGAACGUAUACGGCCAAACCAGCGGGCAUCGGGAGGAGUGUCCAGGAAAUCUACACUGCCGGUGGAUUGGAAAAGUGGGUCAAGCAGAGGAUUUGA